AUGACCUUCCAAGUACACACCCCGUCGCACUCGCUCUCACGUGUUGCAGAGUUCGCCUGUCUGUUCCCACGAUUCGGCGAAGACGCCAACUGUAAGGAAACGUACCAGUCUGUUGAACUUGAUGCUACGGCCAGUCAGUUGGUACAGAGCUGUUCAAGCCUUUAUCAGUCUAAGCCCGCACUGGUGCUCUCGACCGUCUGGGCUGCAACGCUCCAGAGUUUUACGGAGGGUGAGCGUGUCAAGUUCGCGCUGUUUCAAAAGGAACCUGUGCACGGCGUAUGCUGUGCCCAGGGAGGAAAGGAAUAUGUUCGGGGGGAAGCAUAUGCCGCGCUUAUCCACCCCGAAACCCCAGCGAGUGAGUUGAUGAAACAGGACAACUGGGAGAUUUUACCGCACGUUCCCGGUGAUCGGUUUCUUAAUACUGGGCUAUGCAUCGCCGGCGAGGAUGAGGCUGAGUUCGCCACGAUUCUAAAGGUAGGGUGA